AGUCGGACAGCUUGGAGAGCCGUGGCUGUGCUCUGAGCAGGGUGAGGGCUGACAGGGCUGUCCUCCAUGUUUUAAUAAGCAUUGACAUAUCACACAGAGUUUUUAACCAUGCAUCCACAGAGUGCGGCAGAGGAAGAAGUAAAAACAGAAAAACAAGCUGUAACAGAAGAAAUGGAGAUCUCAACACGGUCCAAAGUGUCAGACACGGGAUCAACAGAGCGGAUGGCCCAAAAACGAAAGAUGCCCAGUCCUUCACAUUCAUCCAAUGGCCACUCUUCUGCUGAAACGUCACCAUGUCCAAUGAAAAAGAAGAAAAAACCAGGUGCUGUUAGCAGCAGCAAAGACCAGGACGGCAGGAAUGACUUCUACUGCUGGCUGUGCCACCGCGAGGGCCAGGUGCUCUGCUGUGAGCUCUGCCCCAGGGUGUACCACGCUAAGUGUCUCAAACUACCAGCCGAGCCCGAGGGCGACUGGUUCUGUCCGGAGUGUGAGAAAAUAACAGUUGCCGAGUGUAUAGAGACUCAGAGCAAAGCCAUGAUGAUGCUAACUAUAGACCAGCUGUCUUACCUACUAAAGUUUGCCCUGCAGAAGAUGAAACAACCAGGUACUGAACCCUUCCAGAAGCCUGUGUCUCUUGAACAGCAUCCUGAUUAUGCAGAGUACAUUUUCCAUCCUAUGGAUCUUUGCACACUUGAGAAGGUAAAAUGCAAAAAAAUGUAUGGCUGCACAGAGGCCUUUUUAGCAGAUGCAAAGUGGAUUUUGCACAACUGUAUUAUAUACAAUGGAGGCAAUCACAAACUCACAGCUACAGCUAAAGUGAUAGUAAAAAUCUGUGAACAUGAGAUGAAUGAGAUUGAAGUUUGUCCUGAGUGUUAUCUAUCUGCUUGCCAAAAGAGAGACAACUGGUUCUGCGAGCCUUGUAGUAACCCGCACCCUCUAGUGUGGGCCAAACUGAAAGGAUUUCCAUUCUGGCCUGCUAAAGCUCUGCGGGACAAAGAUGGACAGGUGGACGCUCGCUUCUUUGGUCAGCAUGAUAGGGCUUGGGUUCCUUUAAACAACUGCUACCUCAUGUCCAAAGAGAUCCCAUUUUCUGUGAAGAAGACCAAAAGCAUCUUCAACAGUGCCAUGCAAGAGAUGGAGGUCUAUGUGGAGAACAUGAGAAAGAAGUUUGGCGUGUUUAAUUAUGCCCCCUUUAGGACACCCUACACUCCUGACAAUAACUUCCAGAUGCUGCUUGAUCCCUCCAACCCUUCCUCAACGCCCGUCAAACCUGAGAAACAAGAGAAGAUCAAGUUGAGCUUUGAUAUGACGGCAUCACCCAAGAUCCCAUUGACCAGGGCCAUACUGCCUGGGGCUGGGGUAGGGGGGAGUACAGCGGGGCGGCGACUCCCUCUCACUGACAUGCCUCGCUCCCCCAUGAGCACCAACUCCUCUGCCCAUACAGGUUCAGAUGGGGAACAGGAAACCGGAGACAGGUCACAGACAAAAGCAGCAAACAGCCAAUACAGUACAGGAGAAGAGUCCAUGGACUGCACAGCCUCACCUGCCCAUUCUCGACCUGGCCCUGCAGGAAGUUCCUUGGACAGCCCUAAACCAUUCCACUCUCAAGCUCCUGGCAUCCCUAAACAGGAGAAGACACCACAAACGGGAAGCAUUCUGAACCUUAAUCUAGAUCGGAGUAAAGCAGAGAUGGACUUAAAGGAGCUAAGUGAAACGGUUCAACAGAAACAAGGAGCCACACCAGUCCUCACCUCCCCAAAAAGACAAAUCAAAAGUCGUUUCCAGCUGAACCUCGACAAAACCAUUGAGAGUUGCAAGGCACAAUUAGGCAUUGAUGAGAUCUCUGUGGAUGCGUAUAAAGGUGUGGAACACAGUGACUCAGAAGAUUCUGAUAAAUCUGACUCCAGUGACAGUGAGUACGCAAGUGAUGAGGAGCAAAAGACCAAGGAUGGCCAAGACACAGCACCCACUGAGGAGCCCCAGAAGGAGUCUUCCAAACCUAAGGUUAAAGACCAACCUUCCCCAAGCUUAGAAGGGGAGAGCAAAGCUGAUGUGCUUGUAGCAUCAGAAUCUGCAGCAGGUGAUACAAGUGCAACAGUGUCUGAUGCUCCAACUAAAGAGAAAAUAAACACUGAUUUGGAAAAAGAGAGCUCAGAAAAGUCUAAAGCAGCUCCAGAAUCACCUCUUCCCAGAGACAAGGUGAAACAAGACACAAAGCAGACUGUGCCAGUGGAGGACUCUGACUCAGAGAGGGAGCUGGUUAUUGACCUUGGAGAGGAGCAGGGUGGCAAGGACAGGAAGAGGAGCAGAAAAGACAACAGCACUAUUAAAGAGUCGACAGCUGGUAAACCUGAAGGUAAGGCUUUGAACACGUCGACACUCCCAUCUCAAAACAGCACGGCCCCUUCCACACCCUCCAGUGUUUCCACGCAGUCGCCAAUGGCCAUUCCCGUCACCAUGGUCUCCUUCACUGCUCCCUCUCCUGCCACCAUUAGCCUUACAUCCGUGUCCAGCGCCACCGCAACACCCCCUUCUUCCUCUUCAACCUCCACCACGCCAGCUCUGAAGAAACAGCGCCCUCUGCUGCCCAGAGAGACGGUGCCGGUGGUACAGAGAGCUGUGGUGUGGAAUCCCACUGCCAAGUUUCAGACCUCCUCUCAGAAGUGGCACUUGCAGAAGGUGCAGCGUCAGCAACAAAACCAGCAACCUGUGGCAAGCACACAGGUGCAGGCAUCAUCUCCCAGACAAGGCCAGGCUCAAGUGCUGACCCAGACACAAGCAGCUGGAAAUGGCUCGACUGCAGUGUCCUCAUCUUCAUCGCAGCAGUCUUCACAGAGCACACGGUAUCAGACCAGGCAGUCUGUUAAAGCUGUACAGCUAAAAGACAGUCCACUCAGCACUUCCACAUCAGCUGUCACCCUGGUGUCCAGUAGCCCAGCUUCUGUUGCCAUGAUGGCAGCAUCCAGUCUGGGCACAGCAGCUACAUCUUCACCAGUAGCAACAGACCUGUACAUCCCCACUGCCUCAGCAGAUGUCGCUGCAGACAUUGCCAAAUACACAAAUAAAAUAAUGGAUGCAAUCAAAGGUACGAUGACUGAACUCUACAAUGAUCUUUCAAAGAGUACCUCAGGGAAUACAAUAGCAGAGAUAAGACGACUGAGAAUUGAAAUAGAAAAAUUACAGUGGUUGCAUCAGCAAGAGUUGUCGGAAAUGAAGCACAAUCUUGAGCUGACAAUGGCAGAGAUGAGGCAAAGCCUGGAGCAGGAGAGAGAGAGGUUGGUGACUGAAGUGAAGAAACAGACGGAGCUGGAGAAGCAGCAGGCAGUAGAUGAGACAAAGAAGAAACAGUGGUGUGCUAACUGCAGAAAAGAGGCCAUCUUCUACUGCUGCUGGAACACCAGCUACUGUGAUUACCCCUGUCAGCAAGCUCACUGGCCAGAACACAUGAAGUCCUGCACUCAGUCAGCCACAGCCCCACAGCAAGAAGCUGAGGCUGAGCCAACACCAGACCCCCCAAACAAAAGUUUAGGGCAGACUAACAGUGGCCCAAACUCUAUCAGAGACUCUCCAGCGUCUGCACCACCAGACAAAGACUGUGACGUGGAGAAGAGCACUGACAAUGUUGCUGUCACUUUGUCAUAACCAAGCUUACAAUACUUGAAAAUGUAAAUGUAUAGAUUGUUUUUAUUUACUACAAGGAUAUGUCUACGUUCAAAUUCUGUUCAAGAGCCUGUUCCAGAUUAAUAUUUCAAAGUAUUUUUAUUUAUAUUUUUUGUUUGCCUUUCAGGGCUUACAUACUGCUCCCAGUGCACAGUGGUGUGAAACAAUACUGACAGCAGAUAGAGUAACCACUAGAGGAGUGGCAGUUAGAUAAACAGAUUGUUGGUUCAUGCAGACAGCUGUCAGUAUAAAGAUCUUAAGAGCAUGCUUGAGUGUCACAAAGUCACAAAAUAUACAAAUAGUGUAAAGGACAACAGUUAAACAGUUUACGAUUGCAAAAAGUGUAAACCAUGUUUAUGGAUCACCUCAGUUGUAGAUUAGAGGACUGCUGACAGAAAUGUCUGUAAAUUACUUAUUUUGUAUUCUGUGUUAAUUUAUUUGUUAUUUUAAUGUUGCCUGCUGUAUACUGCAAAGAAAAUAACAAUACACACAUUUUAAGCAA